UCUGACUCUGCACAUCUGCCGAUCGACGAUCAAACCACAGUCAACGAGUACGAGAUAUUAGAGAAAGCAACGGAUGGAUUGGGCUCUAGGUAUGAGCCUCCAGAUCUCAAAUUACACUCAGGAACUAAACAAAGGGCUAUAGUGAUGCACAAAAGACGCGUAACGACUCAAUAGCAUCAGAACCGGCGCCAUCAUCAGAGCGAUCAUCAUAUGCAGAGUCUGAAAUCCCCCCUGAAUCUUCACAACGUCCGCUGUCAAUGCUCCCAGACCUCACGGAAGACCAAUGUCUCGCCAACCCAGACUUACCCGACCAACGCAUUACGGAAUAUAUAACUCCAUCCCAGGCGCAGGUCAUACAUGCUGAGCCGAGUACGUCAACUCGUGGUUCUCCACAUGGGCCUAUUGUCCAACCCAGUAUAACGUAUCUAGCAUCCGGAGAUAGGGAGAUCAGAUGCCCAUUUCUGGAGUGCAGCGGUCAAAAGUUCGGUCGUCUCUAUGACUACGAACGACACUACAACGGAGCCCAUGCAGUGAGUCCAACUGUAUUCUGGUGCGAUGUUGUAGGUUGUGGUCGUAGCGAGGCAGAGGGCGAUCGUUUCUUUCCGAGGAAAGACAAGAGAAACGAUCAUAUGCGGAAGAUGCACGGAAUGUGAACCGUGGUACGGGGUGGUGCUGGGCGGUUUGGGUGGGGAAGUAAUGCGUGCUGAUGUAGCCUUGUGGUUGCCGCUGACAAUGAUGAUCAAUCUGAUAAAAUGUUUGAUAAAUAUAAUCUGUACAAUACCAAUUUGAACUUUGUUUCGUUCGAAGUAUUAGAGGAAACUGUUAUCAUGGUCUAGUAAUUGUGACGGUGACUCUGCGAUCCUCA